AGGGAGCUGCUGUGGCCAUGAAAGCAGUUGAAGUGUGGAGUUAAAGAAACAAAUAGUUUAAUUCAGUAUGUCUGUCUGAACUUUAGUUACACUAAGUGUUUCUGUGUUGAGCAACUACUAGGGAGAAUGAUAUAAACAGAAAGGCAGGUAGCCCAUAUGUUAUCUCAGGCAUAAAUUAAAUAAUUAAUUUUGACAAAUGAAAAGUUUGGGGGACUUGAGAAAUGUUCCCAGCCUGCAGACUAAAGCCUGGUCAUCUGAUGAACUCCUCCCUCAGACUGACACCAAUCAUCACCGGAGGCUCCCUCUCCUCACUCCCGCUGCUCAGCGCCCUCAACAGUUUCCAAGGAGCUUGUGUGCGGAGAGGUUACACUAAACCACCUGAAGACGGUGUUUAUUUCUCCCAGAAGUCCCGGAGCUGCAUCCUUGGAAACCUUUCUUUAAGAUAAAGGUUGUUGCUGGUCGUCUUUUCUGCACUUUGUUUUCGUGUGAAGUUACUGUGAACGACGGUGAAAUGGAGUCCUCUCUCGAGUUUUCCAACUCUCUGGGCAGUGUUUCCUCCAUGCUGACUCGCUGUCGGACCUUUAAAGUGCUGGUGAUAGGAGACUCCGGGGUGGGGAAGACCUGCCUCACACACCGACUCUGCGCCGGAGAGUUCCCCAGCAGAGUGGAGGCGACCAUCGGCGUGGACUUCCGCGAGAGACAGCUGGAUAUCAAUGGAGAGAGAAUUAAGCUCCAGCUGUGGGACACAGCCGGACAGGAGCGUUUCCGUAAGUCCAUGGUGCAACACUACUAUCGCAACGUCCAUGCUGUGCUCUUCAUAUAUGAUGUCACCUCCCCUGCCACCUUCAGCGGCCUGGUCUCCUGGAUAGAGGAGUGCAGGCAGAACUCCCUCGGGCAGCAAAUCCCCAGGUUCCUGGUGGGUAAUAAGAGUGACCUCCGUGACCCCAGCAGGGCUGAGGCCCAGGUGAGUCAGGAGUGGGCGAUGAGCUUCUCCAAAGCCCAAGGCAUGAUGUUUUUUGAGACAUCCGCCAAGAACUCUCCAAACAAAUGUGGCAAAGGUCGACAAAGUGGCGGCGAGGUGCCGUAUCAGCAGGAUAAGGUAGAGGACAUCGUUGUUGCUGUUGGUGCCAAACUGAAGAGACUGAAGAAACCUUCAGUAGCCAGCGCCCCAGCGAACGGGUCCUUUAAAAUCCUGAACAAGAAAAGACCAGAGAAAGAGUUGUGGACCUGCUGCUGAGAGAGGGGAGGGGGAGGGGGGGGGUUCAGAUGGAAGAAUGUUUUUAGCUCUUUAUAAGUGUGUGAACGUUUGUGUGUUUGUGUGAGUAAGAGAAUGACCAUAUUGUGCGUAAUGUUCAUUUUUUAAAAACGUUUUUGAAAUACAGUUGUUGUUACUCCCACAUAGAACUUUAAUAUUUAUACUCUUAAAUAUGUCAGACAUCCUUCUUGUAAAUUUGUGUAUAUUUGUAAUCUUAUUGUUUACUGUGUAAAAUAAAGACCUUGAAUGUAAACAUUAUUUUGUGGAG